AGAUUAGCCCUCGUGACUCUUUCUCUCAUUUUGCAAAGAAAGGUUUUGUUCCACCAGAUUCCCGAUUCUAACGCCAAAACAAAACAACCCUCGUAUAUUCAUCCUAUCACCAAAAGCCACGACCAUUCUUAAAGAAGCAUUUCCAGAUUCUAAUUUCUCAAAAUAUAUAUAACAUUAAUUCUCUUUAAUACAUAUUUCCUUCUUUAAUUUCAUUUCCAUUAUCAUCUCAAGAUAUUUGGAACGCUCGUUGUAUAUAUGACACUUAUUAUCAUUGCUGCAAGACAGUGGAAAAACCUAAUUCCCUGUUUUCAUAAUUCUACAAUACCACAGAAAACUGAGUCUUGCAUUUCAGAUUUCGUUUUGCUAUAUAUAUGCAACAAACAACACUUGUCUUUCCACUUUCCACACCCAAAAAUAGAAAAUCAAGUUUUCUUUGAUCCAUUUCUUUCUCAAAACCAAAACCUAAGCUCUUCUUCUCGCAUUAUCGCCGAAAAAACCACCACAAAAUUGUGGAAUUGUUCGUAGUAGAAGAAAGAAUGGACACAGUUUUUCAUUCUCGUGUUGAUAGAGAGAUUGAAACGCUUACUGAAAGAUUACAUCCAGCCAGGGUUUGUAUAGAUAAUAAUACUUGUAAAGACUGCACUGUUGUGAAGGUUGAUAGUGCAAACAAGUAUGGGAUAUUAUUAGAGAUGGUACAGGUGUUGACAGAUCUUGACCUCAUCAUUUCCAAGUCAUACAUUUCCUCAGAUGGUGGAUGGUUUAUGGACGUGUUCCACGUCACGGAUCAAGCUGGCAAGAAGCUUACUGACAGGAACCUCAUGCACCAAAUUGAGAAGGAACUAUGUGCCACAAGAGCAAAAGAGGACAUAGAUGAUGAAGAACUCCAAGGCUGCGCAGAAUAUUCACAGUCAAAAUACUCAAAACAAAUUGUGUCAACGGAGAACACAGCAUUGGAGAUGAGUGGGAUGGAUAGACCAGGCCUACUAUCAGAAAUAUCAGCAGUGUUGGUGAACAUGAGCUGCAAUGUCACCUCAGCAACGGCGUGGACCCACAAUGGAAGGGUGGCCUGCAUUCUUUACGUAGAAGAGGCAUCCAAACCUGGACCCAUUAGAGAUCCAAGACGAUUGGCCCAGGUAAAGGAACAGCUGGAGAGUGUUGUGGUGGCCCAUUGUGAGAAGGGAGAGAGGAACAAUGUGAGGUUGAGAAACUUUGCUGCCGGGCGCACACACACCGAACGACGGCUUCACCAGUUAAUGUAUGCCGACAGGGACUACGAGGGCUGUCGCGCCUGUCACGGAGACAGUAGCGGCGAUCACAAAAAGGGGUGUGAUGGGACUCAUGUGUCUAUUAGUAGAUGCAAGGACAGGGGGUAUUGGGUGGUGAACUUGGUGUGUAGGGACCGUCCCAAGUUGUUUUUUGAUACGGUGUGUGUGCUUAGGGACAUGCAGUAUGUAGUCUUUCAUGCCGCCAUUAGUUCCAAGAAAUCCAUAGCCGAUCAGGAGUACUAUAUAAGGCACAAGUGGAAUGGUUUAGCUCUCAGAACCCAAAGUGAGAGGGAAAAGCUUAUCUUAUGCAUAAUAGCUGCAAUAGAGCGUAGAGUGUCGCAUGGUUUAAGGGUUGAUAUUUGCACUGAAAAUAAAACGGGUUUAUUAUCGAAAGUGACUCGUGUGAUUCGCGAAAAUGGACUAUCAAUACCAAGGGUUGAGAUUGGAAUGCGAGGAGAUGAUGUGGUAGGAACAUUCUAUGUCAGAGAUCCUUCAGGUCAAGAAGUAAAACCAAAUAUAGUGGAAUUGUUGAGACAAGAGUGUGGUGGAUCCGUAGACGUAGUUACUGAUCACAAGGCGCCUCGUAAGCUUUCUCGUACAUCAUCUUCCUCUUCCUCAUCGACUAAUAGUGAAAAUAGUAGUAUAGAGGAUACUCCAAGACUUUCUAUUGGAAGCAAGCUAUGGUCUCAGAUAGGAAAGAUUUCAAGCAACCUUAGCCCCAUUAAAUCCUGAGAUUCUCUCAUCUAUGGAACUGGUGUUCUACUUGAAUUUAUAUCCCAGUCAAAUAUCUGUGUACAUCGAAAGUUUUAGUUAGUUUUCAUGUUUCUCAUUAUUCUUUAAAGCUAGAGAGAGAGUACUCUGGUGUGUUCAUGGUGGUCACUCUGUACAUAUAUUUCUCACAUGUAUAUAUCCCAGGCUAUUCCACAAUGAGAAAUAAAAACCACUAACUAAUUUUUACACAAAGAAA